UGCUGUGCGGCGCUGAUCUGGGGAAGAACCAUCAUCCAUAAUCCAGGAUGAUAUGGGCAUGUGGCGUGCGACUACUCCUACGCUAGGGAGGCGCCGUCCUCGGGCGUACGUUUGGCGUUUUGGAAGCCGAGGAACAGACUUUUGCUAAGUUUGGGCUUUUCAGGGUCGAAAUGUUGAGCGGCAGCCACUCUGCGCAGUGGUCAGAGCGUUGCGUUUGAACGGUCCGUCGUCCGUUCGUGGUACGAGGCAAGCUAGCGAGCGGGCGAGCGAUGCAGAGGCAUGACAUCCGACCCGAUUCCCGCUGUUACACAACGGCAUCCAUCGUGUCCAUCUCUAAACCUCGUGGCAAUGCGCACUGGUACCUAUUUCUCUUGCGACGUCAGUCUGACUCCAAUCCAUUCUUUGGCAGCUGCAGCCCAGCUUCAUUUCAUCCACCCCCUCGAUUCCCCAUAUUCCCAGUCCGAUUGCCCACACGCGCCCAACCCCGCAUUUUGCCACGAUUCUGCCUUUUCAACCACGCCCGCUCUCCAUCUGCACCUCCUCAACACUGCGCUCAGUGCAGAAUUCCCAUUCGCCGUUUGCCAACUAUUUCUCAGGACAUUUCUACUAUAGGACAGGCUGCGAAAACUCCGUUGCGAAUCCGUUCAAGCUACGCUUGGCGCGCGGGAACGCUCUUUCUGAGUGAAGGCUUAGUGCUGUGGGUGGCUUACAUUUUCCUAGUUGUGGUUAGAGCGCUCGACCGGAUUUUUGGUAGAAUGAGGGGCACGGAUGGGGUUUGGCGGGGCGGAUAGGACAGGGG